AUGUCCUCGGGAACCGCCAAAAUCCUCUCGACCGGGCCGUUGCCCGACGACCAAGCCCGAUGGAUCAAGCUCACCCAAAUCAAGUACCAAGACCCUAGAGGCACCCACCGCACCUGGGAAUCCGCCGAGCGCCGCACCCGGCCCACCAACGCCCCCCUAGACGGCGUCGGCAUCGUCGCCAUCCUCGACAAGCCCACCGGCAAGGAGAUCGUCCUCCAGAAGCAGUUCCGCCCGCCCGUCGGACGCAUCACCAUCGAGGUGCCCGCCGGCCUGGUCGACGAGGGCGAGACCGCCGAGGAGGCCGCCGUGCGGGAGCUGCGCGAGGAGACGGGCUACGUGGGCGUCGUCACCGAGACCACGCCCGUCAUGUACAACGACCCCGGGUUCUGCAACACCAACCUGUGCAUGGUGCACGUCUCGGUGGACCUGAGCCUGCCCGAGAACCAGGACCCCGCGCCGCAGCUGGAGGAUGGCGAGUUCAUCGACGUCUUCACCGUCAGGCUGGCCGAUUUGUGGGACGAGUGCAAGAGGCUCGAGGAGGAGGGCUGUGCCAUCGACGCGAGGGUCGGCACGCUUGCAGAGGGCAUCUUGCUGGCGCAGCGGAUGAAGCUGUGA